AAUGUCGAAUGAUAGCCUUGAGGAUCGAGUUGAGAUGAGAUCUGAAUUUGUAGGCCUAAAUAUUAUUGUUAUCCUAGACGAUUUGAGGGAUAUUGACGACGCUGAGCUACAGGUUCAAAUCAACGUGUAUUUAGAUUGUCAAGAAAGAGAUGACGAGCAGAGAACCGGUGAAUUGUCCUCUGGAGUGGAUUUAAGUGAUCAUAGAGAUGUGUUUAAAGCGAUAAUGACUAAGAUUACCGAUAGCCCAAAGGCUCAUCAUUUCCUGUCCAUACUACAUAGUCUUUUAAGCCUAGAAAUAGAGGAAGAUGAAAGUGAUGUGAAAUGGAAAGCGUCAGUGAAAUUAGUUCAACAAGCUUCUCUUGUGAAACGGAUCGAGGAUGUGGAGAAAAUUGGCUUCGUAAAGGGGAAGAAUUUGCAGAGUCGAAAGCAAAAUAAAGAAAUUUCCACCCAAACUAAACAAGGAUGUUUAGAGAGCGAACAAGCAAUAGAACCCGUUCAAUUACAAAUAACAGAUGCUCCUUUGACACUUCCCCCUCCGACUAAGUCAAUUGUUAACAAUAAUACUAUUCCACCUGCGCCUCCUUUACCUUCUAAUUCCGCAUCUUCAACUAUUCCCCCUGCACCACCCCUUCCCAAUGGGUCUUCGUCAAUGAUUCCGGCCCCACCACCUCCACCUCCUCCUCUAUUUCCGACAACCGGACGCAUACCCCCCGCUCCGCCACUUCCUGGUACGGGAAGUAUACCUCCAGCACCACCUUUGCCGGGCAUGGGAGGAAUACCAUCGCCCCCUCCACUCCCAGGAAUGGGAGGUAUACCGCCUCCACCACCGCUACCAGGAAUGGGAGGUAUUCCUCCACCUCCUCCCUUACCAGGCGUACCGGGUGCACCUCCACCCCCACCAUUACCAGGAAUGGGAGGAAUACCUCUUCCACCACCAGGUCUGCCUGGAGCACCUCCUCUUCUCGGUAUGAAUGCAGGAAACGCUCUUAAUCAAACUUCAGUAACGAGAACACCUAGACCGUCUUUAAAAAUGAAAAAAUUGAAUUGGACAAAAAUUGAAAGCAACAAAAUUAUAUCACCUGUUUCGAACCAAAGAAGAUUAACCAUCUGGGAAAAAGUAAAUUCCAUGGAUGAUCCAAUAAAAAUAGAAUAUAAGGAUUUAGAGAAAACUUUUUGUCAAAAAAUAUUUAAGAAAGAAGAGAAGAAGCCAACAAAGAAGAAGGAACCAACUCACAUAUCUUGCCUAGAUAUGAAGGAUUCUAUGGCUGUCAAUAUCUUCCUAAAACAGUUUAAAGAGGGGCAAAAUUUUAUUAUAGACAAACUAGCAGAAUGUGACGCUUCAGCCAUUGGAUUGGAACGUUUAAUAGGAUUAAAGAAGAUUUUACCAAAACGUGAAACGCUUAAUCAAAUUAAAGCUAUUCAAGAGGAUAAAUUAGACACUCCUGAUAAGUUUUACUUAAAUUUAUCAAAGGUGCCAUUUUAUACGGCGAGGAUUGAAGGUUUGAUUCUUGUUGAAGAGUUUCCUCCUAAUGUUGAAGAUCUUGAAAAAAGACUCCAAAUUAUAAUUAAAGCCACAGAAGGCUUGCUAACUGAAGACUCAUUCCGGAAAUUCCUUCGUUUAGCCUUACAUAGCGGCAACUUUAUCAAUGCCGGCGGCCAUGCCGGAAACGCUGUGGGAUUUGAAUUGAAAUCUCUAAUGAGGUUUUUAGAAGUGAAAGGUGAUAAACCUAGGGUAACUCUAUUACAUCAUUUGGUAAAGGAGGCUGAGGAGAAACAACCGGAUAUCUUGAAAUUUCUGGACGAUUUAUACCAGUCUCUAGUGGAUUGCAAGCAUUAUAAAUCUACAAGAGAAGGUCUUCAACAAGAAUAUAACCAAUUAAAGAGAGAAGUAAACAAACUUAUAAAAACUUUGGAAUCGGCAGACGAUCAGAUAAUGAACAAAGUAUUCGACGAAUUCCUAAAGACAGCUAAGGAAUCUUUGAAGGUUUGCGAAGAAUUAGAUAAAAGAGUAGAUGAAUUAUACGACGAAAUGGUAGAAAGUUUUUGUGAGAAGAAAGGAGAUUUAAAGUUAGAGGAAUAUAUUGAUUUAAUUCAUGAAUUUUUCUCCGCCGUUCUGCGUUGUAAAAAGGAAAAUGCUCAACGAAAGUUACUAGAAGAAAGGGAAAGGAAAAGACAACUAACGUCAAAAACUAAGGGUAAACCGAAACCAGAAGUUUAUGGGGAAGUUGAUAAAAUACUCAGCCAGAUCAGAGUAGGAGAUUUUAAGCUAAAGAAGACCACAAUAAGACUAAGUUCCAAUAUUCGUGGUGGUUCUUUGAUUCCGCGUUCUACUUCUAGUGUAAAAUCUCUUUACGAAGAACCAAAAAUUCUCAAAGAUUUAAGUAAAGUCUCUACAAAAAUUAAAGAUGUUAAUAAAUUUCCGAUGGCAAGAGAAGAGAUGACAAGUAUAGCUGAUCAUAUUCAAGAAUGCAGCGCUGACGAAGUGAUGGAGAUUCUAAUUAACCAACGACAAUUAGACAAAGUACAUUUUGUUUUCGCAGUUAAGCAGCUAGAUAUCGUAUCACAAAAUUUUAUAGGGGAAGAGGAGUUUGAAAGAUAUAAGAAAUGGAUAUGGCAACAACCAGGAUUUUAUGUAUUGUUAGAGAAGCUUGCCGAAAAAUGCGUGUAUUUUAAUGCAGAAUCUACAUUACAAAUAUUUACUAGCUUAAGGGCUUUAGAUUUUCCAAAUGACAGCACUUUAAUUCAGGCUUAUCUAAAGCUUCUAACGAAACACGUAAACGAUCUACACUUUGAUCAAGUGGUUCAAUUGUUUGCUAUUCUUACAAGUUUUGACAAUUCGCUACCUAAAGAAGUUGGUAUUCUGAAGAAACUAUGCAAGAAGAUAUGCGAUUGUAGAAUUCUUGAGUCAUGUGAUGUAUUGGAUGCUUAUGGAUUAAUAUUUCUUUUGGAGGUUUACAAUGCCGAAAUCUUUGAGAGUGAAGAUAAAAUUAUUAGAAUUUUAAAUUGCUUGUCAGAGGAGAGAGCGUUUUUAGAUUGGGAAAAUAUCAUUGAUAUCUUAUUGAUAAUGCGUAAAGAUAUCUUUGAGCUUUGUCCUGAAUUUGCCAACUUUGUAAUUGAUUACGCUUGGUGCGAGAUGCCCUCUGAACUCACUCAAAGUAAAUUGAAACUUUACAAAAAAGAAGAGGUAACGAUAGAUGGCUAUCCCGGUGUUUCUAUUCUUAAACCGUUAACCGGAGCGGAUCCUAAUUUAUAUGGAAACUUGGAAUCAUUCUUUACUUUGGACUAUCCUAUUUAUGAAUUACUUUUAUGCGUUGCUGAAGAUCUUGAUUCUGCUGUUCCAAUUGUUGAAAGUUUAUUAAAAAAAUAUUCGAAAGUUAACGCUAAAUUAUUAACAUCAGCUGAAAAUGUUGGUGUUAAUCCAAAGAUUAACAACAUGUUACAAGGCUAUAACGUAGCGAGUUAUGAGCUUAUUCUUGUUUCUGAUUGUGGAAUUAAAGUUAAACCAAAUAGUUUGUCAGAUAUGGUAGAAAAAAUGACAAAAGACGUAGGCUUAGUCCAUCAAAUGCCAUACGUUUGCGAUAGAAGUGGAUUUGCCUCCUGCAUAGAACAGGUUUACUUCGGAACUCAUCACGCUAAAAUAUACUUGAAUGCUCAAAUUUUGGGUCAAAACUGUAUAACUGGAAUGUCGGUAAUGGUGCGAAAAAGUAUCAUUGACGAAGCUGGAGGCCUGCAGGCCUUUUCAUCCUAUAUAGCUGAAGACUACUAUUUAUCAGGAACAAUUUUUGAUCGAGGUUGGAAGGUACGUCUAGCUAGUCUUCCUGCCAUGCAGAAUCAUGGAAACUCGACUUUAAAAUCUUACCAAGCAAGAAUGACUCGUUGGAGUAAAUUACGUUCAGUUUUAGUACCGUUCGCGCAUACUGUUGAACCAGUGACAGAAAGUAUAGUCUUAGGAAUCUUAUCCUCUUGGGCGGCUUGGAAUAUAUUUAAUUGCUCACCCUUAAUCUUUUUCACGGCACAUUUAUUAGUGUGGAUGAUGCUGGAUUAUAUUUUGUUACGGAUAAUUCAAAAUGGAGAACUAUCAUAUAGUCUUUUUAAAUUUGGAACAGCUUGGGUUGUUCGAGAAAUAAGUGGUAUAGCUUGGUUUAUUGCCUCCUGUACAGACUCUACUAUUAUAUGGAGAAAUCGAAAAUAUAAAAUAAAAUGGGGGGGAAUAGGAGAAGAAAUAAAAAAAUGA